AUGGUGGCCGCGGCGGCGCCAGCGGCCCUGAGCCUGCCGGACCCCGUGGCGCUGCUGAAGGGAGGCGUGGCGGGCUGCGUGGCCAAGACGGCGACGGCGCCGCUGACUCGGUUGACCGUGUUGGCGCAGACCUGCACCUUGCUCAAGCUCUCCGGCGAGGGGCGCCUGAAGAUCGGCCUCGUGGCCGACCAGAGCGUGAACAGGGCACUCCGCGACCUGGUCGCGAGCGAGGGCCUCGCAGCGCUGUGGCGGGGCAACGCAUGCACUUUGGCGCACCGGUUCCCGUUCGCGGGCGUCAACUUCAUGACGUUCGAGUUCUUCCAGAAGACUCUGAACUUAGACGACGAGCGGCUUGCGAGAUACAGAUACGGCGACACGACUUACCGCUUACUGUCGUUCUUGCCGGGCGCCGUCGCCGGUUUCGCAUCCGUGGUGUUAUGUUACCCGCUCGAGGUCCUGCGCACGCGCCUCAUGGUCGACAUGCGCGUCCGCGACGGUUCCCUGCAGAAAUCACCGCACGGGGUCCUCGCCCACGUCAACCGGAUGAGGGACGAGGCCAGGAGGCAUGGGCCCGGGCGCUGGUACAGAGGCGUCGGCCUGGCGUGGGGCGUGACGGUGCCCGCUGUCUCCAUCUCGUUCGCUGUCUACACGAACUUGCAGCAGGAGUUCGAGUCGUUGGGCUACGGCCACAACAGCUGCUGCUCCACCCUGCUGGCCGGCGGCCUGUCUGGCGUGGUGGCGUCCACCGUCACCUACCCACUGGACACCGUGCGACGGCGCUCGCAGGCUGGAACCGGAGCGACGGCGCUCGCCCUCGCCAGAGAUAUGUGGCAAGCUGAAGGCUUCGGGGGCUUCAUGAAGGGCAUCCGGCCAGAGAUCUUGAAAGCAUUUCCAACGGUGGCGCUCACCUACCUCACGUACGAGCUGCUGCGGUGA